AUGACCUAUGGACCUGACCUCGGCCAACAGCCAAUCCCGGGGGUCCAUCGGACCCCCGACGAGCAGUUCGCGACCGUCGAUGACUUCCCCUUCGCGCCACACUACCUGGACAUCGACGGACUGCGGAUGCAUUGCAUCGAUGAAGGAUCGGGCGCAGCCGGCACUUUCAUACUCCUGCAUGGCGAGCCGGUGUGGAGUUACAUGUACCGCGACGCGAUCCAGCCCCUGGCGGCCGCCGGAUACCGUGUCAUCGCGCCGGACAACAUCGGGUUUGGCAAGAGCGACAAGGUCAUCGACGUCGACUGGUACACCCUCGAUCAUCACGUGCUCACCCUGAAGACCCUGGUCACACGGCUCGACCUGCGCGGUAUCACCAUCGUGGUGAAUGACUGGGGCGGGCCCAACGGGUUGAUCAUGGCGACCGAGAUGCCCGACCGCUUCGACCGCCUGAUCAUCCUCAACACCUGGCUGCACCACGAAGGCUUCGGCUACACCGAUGCCCUGCGCCAGUGGAACGUGCAAUCGCAGUCCCUCGAUUUCACCACGGGCGUGUUCACCGGCACACCGCCGCCGCCGGCCAGAAACUACCCGAACGCGGUUCUGGCUCCGUUCGACAGCCUCGACGCAACGGCCGGCCCGCUGCGGUGGCCCUGGAUGCUGCCAUUUGCGCAACCGGAAGCCGGAAACGCCCGACGCCAAGCCGCCGCGUACGACGCCCUUGCGUCGUGGAAAAAGCCCGCGCACGUCAUCUUUGGAGACUCCGACCCGGUUUUCACCGAACAGUGGGGCCGCCGGUUCGCCGCCCAUAUUCCCGGCGCCACCUUCACGAUUAUUGAAGGCGAGGGCCAUCGGCCGCUGCUGUGGACCGGUGGCCGCACCGAUGGCCGGCACCGGGGCGGCGAGCCCAUCAGACUGGCCCCCGUGGCCUUGGAUUCCCCCGAAUACUCGGUGCUGGCGGCGACCAGCGACGGCAUUGCCACGCUCAACAGACCCGUGCCAGCCGUGGCCACCGCCACCGACAACCAGAUUCCCGGAUCCGAGGAGAACAGCAGGAAUACGCAGACCCCGCCUGCCGCCGAAGUGCUCGCGAUCAGGACAGCACGGUACCUCUGCUUUGCCACGCAAGCGGCGGAAUAG